AUGGUUGUGGUUGGUCUAAUGCAGGCAGGGAAUACGGUCAACCAAUCUGUAUAUUUUAAUGUUAUCGAGGAGCUUAUUAAUUGGUGCCAUGACAGUGCUCUUCUCCUUAAUGAAGGGAAGACCAAAGAGAUGGUGAUAAUGAAGCAGAAAAAUUCCGGCUAUGAUCUUAUACCUGUUGUAAUCAAUAAUAAAAAGGUUCUAUGGGCUUACGUGGGAAGUAAAGAAGAGAAACGUCCUCCAACCAGCUUUUUGUCACAACACUUUGCAAAACUUUACAACUCCAGAAACUUCUCCACCUCUCCUGCAGAUGUUCAGCUAGAAAUCAGUAUCGAAGACUCAGAGUCAAGUUCAAGUUUAUUUUACUCUGAAUUUGGAAUCAGUUCAGAAAGUUACUCCAGUUUACAGCAGACUCUUUACUGGGCUGCACCAGACAGAUCAAUCACAAAUGUGUCUAUGAGUACCAGUCCAGAUCACUCCACUUUCAUCAUUCAGAACCUGAAAGACAGCUACCAAAUAGGGGAGGAGAUUUUUGUUACUAUCCAUGCCAGAGACUUUAACAAUAAAUCUAAACGUUAUGGAGGGGAUUUCUUUCAAGCAAAGUUGUUCUCAUCCGAAAGUCCCAAAAAGGCCAGUGUGUUUGGGGAGGUGGUGGAUUUACUCAACGGUUCCUACUCUGUGCUUUUUCUUCUGCCGUGGGUUGGAGAGGCACAGGUGGCUGUGCGUAUGAUCCACUCCAGUGAAGCUGUGCAGGUCCUCAAGCAUCACAGAGACACUGAUGCUGACAGAGUUUUCUUUAAUGGAUAUUUUGAAGGACCAGGACCAAAUGGGACCAGGUUGAAAGAAACAGUGAAGUGUAAUGUGAAGUGGGACAAAAAUGGACUGGAGAGGAUGGGGACUGGAGAUUGUUGCUGUGAUUACAAAGAUUCUCACAGUGGAGAAGAAUGGCGCUGUCAAAGACCCAAAUCCUUGCCAUGCGGCGCUCGCGUGUAUCACUCUAUGGGCGGGUAUAACAACCGUGUGACUGUCAAUGAAGCAAUGUUUAUGAAGCAAACCAACAAAGUCAUCAAUGGACAAAGAACAACAAUCAAGAUUUUUCCUUCCAAUGGAACAGUGGGAAUUGAUGUAACACUGAAAUGUCGUCCUGGUUUGCACUCACCAGUUCCAGCUGGGUUUUACCUGAAUGAUGUCUGGACGUCCUUUGUGUGUAGCACCCGUCAUUUUAAAACCCAAACAACAACACAGUGCCUGAAAGACAAACACAUCUACAUGAUGGGAGACUCUACCAUGAGACAGUGGUUUGAGUUCUUUAUGAAAGCAGUACCAACUUUAAAGCAGAUGAACCUGCAUGUAGAAUAUCACGGAGGUCCACUUCUAGCAGUGGAUGUGGAUAACAACAUUGACUUACACUGGAGGUCUCACGGUCUUCCUCUGCGCUGGCUGAAAACUGAAGUUUCUAAUCUGCACUACGUCAGUAAUGAGAUUGAUGAUCUGACUGGAGGACCUCACACAGUUAUUGUCUUUAAUCUGGGACCACACUUCACAACAUAUCCCCUGGAUUUCUUCACCAACAGAGUGUUAAAGAUCCGCAAAGCAGUGCUAGAUUUGUUACAACGUGCACCAGACACUACCGUUAUAAUCAAGACCGUAAACACCGGCUAUAAGGAGCUGGGGUCCCACGGUCGACAUGAUUUCACCAAGUAA